UGUCUCGAACGUGCUGGUAGUUACGUGUUCGUUGUGGCGCGAGCAUGUUGUGUCGUCCCGAAACGGAUCGUGCAUGAUCGUCGCGUUGAGAACUCGCUCUAGUUUAAUAACUUCUCCUAUUUAUCGAUACGAGGCAUCGCAACGUCUUUUGGCAGCAUGGAUUUACCGACUGCGGGCGCGCUACAACCAAAGGCAAUAAGAAUGGCAGGUUCUCCGGUGCUGGAGAUGGAGGACAAGACAGAGGUUCUUGAGGAACCACUCUUCAACACCCUCGACAUCAUACUGCUCACUGCCCUUUUAUUGGCUGCACUAUGGUGGUUGAUGCGCAGAAACAAACAAGAAGAAUUCGCGGCCAUCUCGAAAUCCUAUUCCAUCCAGCCAACUAUGUUCCCUGCGGUACAAACAUCAGAAAAUUCAUUCAUAAAAAAGUUGAAGGCUUCUGGGAGAAGUUUAGUAGUAUUUUACGGUAGUCAAACCGGAACCGGUGAAGAAUUUGCCGGUAGACUGGCCAAAGAAGGCAUCCGGUAUAAAAUGAAAGGCAUGGUGGCUGAUCCUGAAGAAUGUGAUAUGGAAGAGUUAAUACACUUGAAAACAAUUCCAAACAGUUUAGCAGUAUUUUGCUUAGCUACAUAUGGAGAGGGUGAUCCUACGGACAAUGCUAUGGAAUUCGUUGAUUGGCUAAAAAAUGGAGAUGCUGAUUUAAAUGGAUUAAAUUAUGCUGUAUUUGGUCUUGGAAAUAAAACAUAUGAACAUUACAAUGAGGUAGCUAUAUAUGUCGAUCGUAGAUUAGAGCAACUUGGUGCUACACGCGUCUUCGAACUUGGUUUGGGAGAUGACGAUGCCAAUAUAGAAGAUGAUUUCAUCACAUGGAAGGACAAGUUUUGGCCAACAGUUUGUGACUUCUUUGGAAUUGAAGGUACGGGUGAAGAUGUUAGCAUUAGACAAUACAAGCUAACUGAACACGUUGACAUACCACCUGAACGCAUUUACACUGGUGAAAUAGCUCGUCUUCACUCAUUUAAGAAUCAAAGAGCACCUUUCGAUGCAAAGAAUCCUUAUUUAGCUCCAGUACACGAAAACCGUGAACUUCAUGGUCCAACUUCAGAAAGAUCAUGUAGGCAUAUAGAAUUUUACAUAGAGGGAUCAAAAAUGCGAUAUGAAGCUGGUGAUCAUUUAGCAGUAUACCCUGUAAAUAAUGCAGAACUAGUAAAUAAAAUUGGAGAAAAGUGUGGUGUACAUCUAGACACAGUGUUCACUCUUACGAAUACAGAUGAGGAAUCUACAAAGAAGCAUCCAUUCCCUUGUCCAUGUUCUUACAGAACUGCUUUGACACAUUACUUAGAUAUUACUAGUAAUCCGCGCACCCACGUUCUUAAGGAAUUAGCGGAAUAUUGCACUGAUCCAAACGACAAAGAAAAAUUAAAAUUAAUGGCGUUAACCAGCGCAGAAGGCAAAGCUGCAUAUCAGCAAUGGGUAGUUCAAGAAAAUAGAAAUAUUGUACAUAUCUUGGAAGACAUUCCUAGUUUAAAGCCUGCCUUAGAUCAUCUUUGUGAACUUUUACCAAGAUUGCAAUGUCGAUAUUAUUCGAUUUCCUCUUCUCCCAAGCUAUACAUAACAUCAGUCCAUAUUACUGCAGUUGUAGUGGAAUAUAAAACACCUACAGGUAGAGUUAACAAAGGUGUGACAACUAGUUGGUUAAAGGAAAAGCAUCCUUCAGAUCCACCAUGUUAUGUUCCUAUUUUUGUGCGAAAAUCUCAGUUUCGUUUACCAACCCGACCGUCGAUUCCAAUAAUCAUGGUUGGUCCAGGUACUGGUAUAGCACCAUUCAGAGCAUUUAUACAAGAACGUGAUUUUGCCAGAAAGGAAGGAAAAGAAGUUGGAGAUACUAUUUUAUAUUUUGGAUGUAGAAAAAAAGAUGAAGAUUUUCUUUACAGAAAAGAACUUGAGGAGUACGUAAAGAGUGGUACUCUAAUCUUACAUACUGCAUUUAGUAGAGAGCAGGCUCAAAAAAUAUAUGUUACACACUUAUUGGAAAAGAAUAAAGAAGAAUUGUGGAGAGUUAUCGGUGAACAAAAUGGGCAUAUCUAUGUGUGUGGAGAUGCAAAAAAUAUGGCACGUGAUGUACACAAUAUUUUAUUAAAAGUUGUAAUGGAAAAAGGAAAAAUGUCAGAAUCAGAUGCUGCAGAUUACAUCAAGAAAAUGGACUCACAGAAACGUUACUCGAGUGAUGUAUGGAGUUGAAUGAGGGUAUUUAAUUUAUGUCACGAAUAUUUAUAACUUAAAUUGUUAAAAUUUUUUUAAAUAUGCCUUUAUGAGAAAGGUUAACGAUAAUCAUCUUCGUGCAAUUGUACGAUAUACAUAUAAUCGCUUAAAGUACUAAUUGAUAAUUGUAUACAUCAACAAAAUCAUACAAGCACUAAUUGUAUUUAUUACACAUAAGUAGUUAACGUAUUUGUAUAAAAGGAUCUAUUCUAUAUCACAAUGUUAAAUAAUUGCAACGUUAACAUUUUUCUGGGACUCGUUAAGAGUGCAAUAACAAAUUUAAAAUAUAAUUUUACAUUUAACGUGCGUAAUAUACCUGUAUAAUACUACAAAGUAAUAAAUAUUGGUAUACAAGAGA